GUAGCGCCGUAGACAGAUGAGUGUCUCACAAACACACAAAACAGACGCACACAAAAAAAACUCCCACCCAGAAUAAGUGAAGGAAUUUAUGCUGCUUCACUCUCAGAUUGAGGUUCAGUCAUCAUGGCUCUUCAAGACAACCGUUGUACGGCAGCAGAAGAUGGAUUUGUGAUUGACCAGUGGGAACCCCUCAUGCUGGAGAGAGUUGAGGACAAAGGUCGAGAGACAUGUCAAACUCUUGUGUCACGUCGACUGAAGAAAUGCUGCUCUUGCACACCGCAGAAGGCAAAGAACAAAAUUCUGGGUUUCGUCCCUAUUCUCGCAUGGCUGCCGCGCUACCGGCUCCGGGACUGGAUUCUCGGCGACAUCAUGUCAGGACUGAUAGUCGGUGUCUUAUUGGUUCCACAGUCCAUAGCUUAUUCAUUACUGGCUAGUCAGGACCCCAUAUAUGGUCUCUACACGUCCUUCUUCUCCUGUAUCAUCUACGCCCUUUUGGGCACGUCCAAGCACAUCUCGGUUGGGAUUUUCGGGGUGCUGUGCCUGCUGGUCGGCCAGGUUGUUGACCGAGAGUUAACCUUAGCGGCAUACCUGACAGAUGGCGGCAGCAUCAGUAGUAAUAGUAACAACAGUGCCAUUCUAUUGGCGGGCGAGGGGAAUGGCACCAUCAGGAUGGAAUGCGACAGGAGCUGCUACGCGAUCACCGUGGGCGCUACAGUUACCUUUAUGUCUGGGAUUUAUCAGGUGCUGAUGGGUAUUUUCCAGGUAGGCUUUGUUUCUGUCUACCUCUCUGACUCUCUUCUCAGUGGAUUUGCUACAGGAGCCUCCUUGACCAUCCUCACAUCACAGGUCAAGUACUUGCUGGGCCUGAAGAUCCCCAGGCCGCAGGGUUGGUUCACGCUGUUUAAGACUUGGUACAGCCUGUUCUACAACCUGAAGAAGACUAACGUAUGUGACCUGGUGACCAGUUUGGUGUGUUUGUUGGUACUGGUGCCUACCAAGGAGAUCAACAAUCGCUUCAAAGCCAAGCUGAAGGCUCCAAUUCCUUUUGAGCUCUUUGUCGUAAUUGCCGCCACGCUGGCUUCUCACUUUGGUCAGUUUAAUACUGUCUAUGGGUCCGAUGUGGCCGGUGACAUCCCAACAGGUUUCCUGCCACCCCAAGCACCCUUAUGGUCUCUGAUCCCCAAUGUGGCUGUUGACGCCUUCUCCAUUGCCAUUGUUGGGUUUGCCAUCACUGUUUCACUGUCAGAGAUGUUUGCCAAGAAGCACGGCUACUUGGUGGAUGCCAACCAGGAGAUGUACGCCAUUGGCUUCUGCAAUAUCUUGCCUUCUUUCUUCCACUGCUUCACCACCAGUGCUGCAUUGACCAAAACCCUCGUGAAGGAAUCGACAGGCUGCCAGACUCAGAUAUCUGGACUCAUCACUGCUCUUCUGCUGCUGGUGCUGUUGGUUAUUGCACCUCUCUUCUAUUCCCUGCAAAAAUGUGUGUUAGCCGUCAUCAUCUUGGCCAACCUACGCAGUGCUUUGCGAAAGUUCACCGACAUUCCAUCUAUGUGGCGGGUGAACCGCAUAGAUGCAUCCAUCUGGCUGAUCACCAUGGCAACCUCUGCAUUUAUCAACACUGAACUUGGGCUCCUUGUGGGGGUUUUAGUGUCAGCAUUCUGUGUGCUGGGGCGAACCCAGAAAGCCCACGUCCUGGAACUGGGCCAGGCUCCAAACAGGGAGCACUAUGAAGAUCUGUCCUCUUACCAUGGUCUUCAAACGCUUCCCGGAGUGGCCGUGUUCCGAUACAACGCUCCAAUCUACUAUGCAAACCAGAGUUUGUUCAAAAAGUCUCUGUACCGGACUGCAGGGGUCGACCCCGUGAAAGAAAAAUCACGGCGCAAGAAAGAACAGAAGAGGAAGAACAGCCAACAACAGCGGGAAGAGGCAGUGGAGUUUACAAAUGUGACGUUGGAGCAGAAGGAAGAUGAAACGGAAGCAGGCCCUGCUGUGACUUUAAUGAUCCAUGAGAAAUCUUCCUGCAGUUUACGCAACCUGGUUAUCGACUGCAGCGGCAUUUUGUUUCUCGAUACCGCUGGAGUCAAUGCUCUGAAAGAGGUCUGCAAAGAUUGUGGAGAACUUGGGGUGAAGGUUGUCCUGGCUCAGUGUAAUACCUCAGUACUGGAUACUUUGGAAAGAGGUGGGUACUACCCUGAUAAGAAAGGUAGUGAUGAUGGAAGGAGCAACAUGGUCUUCUUCACCAUAGCAGACGCUGUCCAUCACCUCCAAAAUGUCUCUAUGCUGAAUGGAAAUUCCGACAUCAGCUGCUGAAACAAUCGUCCGCUUGGCUUUAUCCAAAUACUGUACAUAUAUGUUUAUAGACAUAUAAAAAAAAAACCUGUCUGUCAGGGGUGUGCCUUGUAGUCUCUCCUUUAGUAAACACGCAACACGGAUCCAAAGUUACUGAUGCAUGAAUGUUACUGAUAUUUUUACAAACAUUUUCAAAUCGCUCCUCAUGGAACCACGGGUCCUGGUUGUCAUCUGGGACUUGAGGCGAUUCCAUAGUGUGGUGGAUGUGCCAGUGUGUCAUCCCUGACCUGACCUGAAAUUAUGGAAACUAAGCCAAAAGUCACAUUCAAACAGUGCAGUGUGAAAUGACGGUACUUCAAAAGGUGACGUUUGCAUUUCAUGGAAUUUUUACCGUUUUUCAUACGCGUAGCCGUUUAUGAUUUAACAUCUUACAAUUAACCUUACAGCCUUGCAGUAGACUUGUGUCCUGUCCAGGCUGUACCCAGCCUCCUGCCCUGUGACUGCUGGGAUAGGUUGCACCCCCAACCCCCCCCGUCACCCUUAAAUGCAGUAAGGGGGUAUAGAGAGUGUGGAAGGAAUGGAAUAAAUCUUCCAUCUUAUUCAGAGGUACGCUGUGUUCUAUUGUACUCGAGGGUGAACUCCUCCUUGGAAAAGUACACUGGAACUAUUCAAUAGAUUAUUCAUGUCAGAAUUCCAAGUUGGAAACUCUGGGAAAAUCCAUGUAGACCAAAUUUUGCAGUGUAACAUCACAACAAUAUGGCAGUGCAAAAUUACUUUUUUUUUUAACUGUAUGUCCAGUAAAUUUAUCUGAUGGGUGCUGAUUUGCGUUGUGGAUCUUGGUAUUGCUUUUAAUAGGUAACAGUCAUGGCCAUCUCCGUCAAAGAUGGUGUAUGAAAAUAUUGCGGAAAGGAGCUUGAUAUCAGCCAGCCUUGUUUUUGUUUCUGAGGCGAUACUAUGGAACACAUUUAAAUCAAAAUUCAGAAAGACCAACUUGGAGUUAUUGUCUUCUGAUGUGCAAUGAAACGCAGCAUUAGUCCAAAUACUUUUUUUUAUUCUGGUAAAGCCUUUCAUUGUGUGGCAUCGGAGCUGGUCUUCCAGUGCAGAGAGAGACAGGUUUGAUUCCGGGUAUGUGCUUCAGGCUGCCUUGAACAAAACAGUAAACCUGCUUUGUCCCAGGUCCACCAGCCCAGAUGAUGUAUCGGUCAGUUGACAGUAUCAGCUAAUGGGAGAUUUUUCCGAGUGUUUCUGUGUCUGCGUUAUUUUGAAUACAUGAAAAAUACCAAAUACACAAUGCAAAAGAAGAAGAAACACUUUCUGUUGGAAGUUGUGUCAUUACAUAGUUUGUCCACCAGAAGGUGCUUUGAUGGGAUUGUUUUCAGUGCUGUCAGGCAUGGCUGGGACCCCCAUCACUACUGAGUCACAUUAGCUCCAAGAGACAGAGGUAAAGUGACUAGCUGAGAUUUAUUUUCAGUCAGAGUGGGCGUUUUACAGCAACAAGAAACAAGUCACUAUGUCACCAGCUAGCCGGGGCCAAAUAGACAGGAAGUCUAUUUUAUGCAAAUGCUGUGGUAAGCAAAAUGGCUACUGACAAUCUGAGUGAAGGCAGCAUGAGGUACAUUAAUUGGUUGCUGGAUAUACAGUGAGGAAAAUAAGUAUUUGAACACCCUGCGGUUUUGCACAUUCUCCCACUUAGAAAUCAUGGAGGGGUCUGAAAUUUUCAUCU